UUCCUUUGAUAAAUUAUCAGAUUUUAUGUGUGCUAGUCACGUAAUUUAGAACUCUAUCCGUCCAUAGCUGGUCUGAGCAGACGCAGCAACUGCUUUCCCACCUGUUUGUUUACCUUAGCAACCAUGGCAGAGACGGUUCAAGAUGUUUCUGAAGCAGAUAAGCGACAUCUCGUUGAACUCGUCAAAGAACUCAGACGCUCCAAUGCGGUGCUACGGGCAGAAACUGAUAUGUAUGAGCGGUAUAUAAGCCGCUUGGACCCCAGGGACUUGGUUCCUCAGCCUUUAUCAGAUUCUCUGGGGGCAGCUGCAGCAUCACAGUUGGAGAUUGGAGGGGGCCGUGGGAGAAAGAUGAAAACACGGACAACGGCUCUGGAGCAGUUACAACGUCUGACAUUGGAGCAAAAGUGUGACGUGGCACAGAGAGAGUUAGAUGAAACCAAGGAGGACCUGGAGAAACUGAAGGAGAGCUCAGAAAGAGUGCUCCACAACUAUAAGGCAACUCUGGAGGAAGCAGAUAUUCGACUUGUGGAGGUCAAGAAAGCAAGUUAUGAGUUUGACCGUGAUGUCGCUAAGGUGUUGAGGGAGAAGAGAGGUGUCAUGAUGGGUGCAGAGAAGGUCAUUCGUUAUUUUGAGGACAGGAUGAGAGCAAAGGACACACUGGUUGAGAAGUUGCGGUUGAAGAAUGCAGCUCUCCAUGUGCAGAAGAGGAAGUUGCAGUUACAGCUACGGCAGAAAGAGGAAAUGGGUGAAGCCCUGCACGAGGUGGAUUUCCAGCAGCUGAAGAUCGAGAACAGCCAGUAUCUCGAACGCAUUGAUGAAAGAAACCAGGACCUUCUGCGCCUAAAACUCCUGGCAGGAAACACCCUACAGGUUCUCAACUCCUACAAGAAGAAGCUGCAGAGCAUGACAUGUGAGUCAAAGCUGCUUAGUAGUGACAUCACCUCCCGUAAGGAGAUGCUGGUGAAGAUCGAGGAGGAGACACUGCAGGCAGAAGAGGAGCGAUCCAAGGCAGAGACUCUUAACAGGAAGCUGCGAGGCCAGCUGGCAGAUUUCCGUGUUCCCCACGUGCUGCAAUACAUCACAGCUAAGGCCUCCCAUAGCCAGCUCGAGCAGAGUGUCCGAGCCUGGGAGCGAAAAGUUGAAAUAUCUGAGAUGGCUCUGAGGACACACACCAAGACCUGGAACAAGCUGAAGGAAGCUGCAGGAGCAGGACCAGUCACAGCCCGGUGAAUCCGCACAUGCUUCCUAAUAAAUAUAUUCUCUGCAAAUAUUCAAUCAUCCAAAGCAGUCAAAAAUCCAUCAGUCUCUUUUGUAAACUAGCGGAGAUAUGCCCUUAUAAAGUAACUCUUGUGUUUUAGCUGUUUUUAACUUUCAGUAUAUGGAACAUUUGUAGAAUGGUUGAACAAUCAUGUUUUAAGUCACAAUUGAACUUAUCGCUUGUAGUAGGGUGGUUAAGCUGAUAAAUCGUUCAUUUUUUGAUUAAAAACACCCUGAAAUGUA